UCUAAUUGUAAUGAGGUUAAUUGCCCAGUAGAGGGCGAACAUGUGCUCAUGCUUUGCAGUAUUGCAAACGAUUUGCGUCAGAGGCGGUGCAACCAAGUGAAGAAGUUUGUGACGAACGCUUGUGCAUGUUGUUCUUAGUGGCGCGCAGUCAAGGGCUGAUGGAACGAACUGAACGAACUGAACAAACUAGUUUGGGGGCAGCCAGUGGCUAAGCCUCUCUAUCUGGGAUCAGAAGGUCACCAGUUCAAGCCCAGCCUUAGCAUGUCCCUGGCUCCUUGAGCAAAGCACAUGGCCCAGCUCUCUGUGCGCCACAACAAGUGGCUGCCCUUCCCUGCUCUCAUGGAGGUCAGGAUGGGGAUGAUACGUGUCCAUGACUGCGGCGGGGAUUCAAACUUUAAGUUAAGAAUGCAGAUUCUCCUACCUCAAUUAGCAUGUGCUAGCCCAUCUAAGUGGUCAAAAUAAGGAAGUGUUGUUGUUUGCUCUAAUCCGAAACCUCUAACUAGCGUUUGGGGUCAUUCUAGCUCAGGAAUGUGCCUUUAAGAGGAUGGGAAGAUGUUCCGAUGUGUCUUAUUCACAUAAUACUGUCAAUUUCAUUAUCACCAUAAAUGGAUAUACGUGGAUAGCUAUUAAUGCAUAUAUGGUUAGCUAUUGAUGCAUAGCACAGACCAACAAGCAUUGAGAGAGGCUUCUAAGUGCUUGUAUCUUGGAAUGUUCCUUCUCCUCUCUCACUCCUGGAAUGUUGUCCGCAGAUCUCUUACCAAUUGGAGAUUUCAAAAAAGGAGUAGGGAAUUCCUUCAUUUCAGCUUUACUGCAAAUGCGUAAAUGUUCUGCAGAAAAAUAAACAACGGAAAAUUAUUAAAUGACUACUGGGCUGUAACAGGAAAUGCUCAUUAGUGUGGUAUUAGUGUUAUGACAUGUUUCUUAUGCUGCUGAAGAUUUACACCAUUUGCUUUAAUAGAAUGGAUUAUGUAAAAUGCAGCACCUUCAGAAGAUGGAAAUGAUCUUAAUCCUGUAGGUAGGCCUUGUCUGUUUUGACAAACAGCCACCGCUUCCCAAAGGCAGUCUAUCAUCCACUUGCUUUUCUCCAUGCCGCAGGGAGUUCCAGGCAUUGCACUCGUGGCAGUCUGAGCCCUUUGUGCCAUCACAGCCCAGAGACACAUUCACACGCAGCAGCACUGGGGCAGCCGAAGGGGCGGAGUUACCUCACAGGGACACUCCACAUCUCCAUAUCCCUCACGAUUCCCCAAGGCGUUGCGAUUUUCCCAGAAGAAAGCUUCAGUUAUCCCAUUAAGGGCGCUUGUUUCCUUUUCUGAGGCCAGUGGCUUAAGAGGUUUAGGCUGUCUGAGUUCAGAGCCUUCUAGAAGGGACCAGGAGAGGCACGUCCCCCGGCAGGAGUCAUGGGUGCCCAGGGCUCCAACCUGGACGACGUUCUGGCUGAGGACAUGCACCACUGGUACAACAAGUUCAUGAGGGAGUCGCCCUCGGGACUGAUCACGCUGUUUGAGCUGAAAAGCAUGCUGGGAUUGCAGGGAAUUACACAGGAGGCCAGCAGCUAUGUGGACCAAGUCUUCCUCACCUUCGACAUGAACGGGGACGGCUAUAUCGAUUUUGUGGAAUAUAUCGCAGCGGUUAGUUUACUGCUAAAAGGAGAAAUUAACCAGAAACUCAAGUGGUAUUUCAAACUCUUUGACCAAGAUGGAAAUGGAAAAAUUGACAAGGAUGAAUUGGAGACCAUAUUUAAGGCCAUACAGGACAUUACCAGAAGUUACGACUUUCCUCCGGAGGAAAUUGUGAACCUUAUUUAUGAGAAAAUUGAUGUGAAAGGAGAAGGUGAGCUUACAUUGGAGGAGUUCAUCAGUGGGGCCAAAGGGCAUCCUGACAUCAUGGAAAUGCUCACCAAAAUGAUGGACUUGACCCACGUCUUGGAGAUCAUUGUGGAGGGGCGACAGGACUUGUGUCAAAAGGGGGUUCAAAAUGCAUAGUUUUUAUAAUGGUCAGGGGAAGGGCAGAUGUUUUUCAUUUUUACACAGAGAAGUAACUGAAAAAUAUGAAAAGUUAUAGAAUAAAGGCGUUAACAUUCUACCUGCAGGAAAAAGUGAAACGGAGUAUCAGUCCAUCUCCUGGAAUCCUGUUCUUUUAAACUAUCACUAAAUAUCUAAUUAUAGCUAAAGAAAUUUCAUAAAAGCAACGCUAAGUAAAAUCAUGGAAGUAGUUCCCCAAGCAAUUGUUUCAGCUGUAAUACCACAUAAAUCACUGCAGGCUACCAACAUGCAGACCUUUGAAGUGCACUGGAGGAUGCAGUGCUUACACAAAGCCAUCAGGAGCUUAUUGUUGAUCUACUAAUGCUGCAAGAGGCCAGACAGGGAGAUGGCAACAGAUCAGAGAAUCACAUUACUUUGGCUCAGGUAGAAUGUCAGCUGAAUAGGGUUUUAACAUAAUUCUUUUUCAUAGGAGUUGUCUGGUGUGGCUUUGCAUCGAACAUAUUUAUUUCAUCCUUUUUUUAAAAAAAAGUACAAAAAUUUAAAACCAUAGUAUAAAUUAAAUGCAAUAACUAUGAAGUUUGGAAUGAUAGUGUAGCUGAUCUCAUGUAGUGGUCUUCAUGCACAUCCAUUUAAGUUUCAGUUCCUUUUGCAUUUUCUUUUAUGCUAGUUAUAUAUGAAUAUAACAGAAAAGGAUUUGUUUUUGCUCUGAGGCUCUUUCCAGUUUUUUUAAUGUUGUGCCGUAGCUAGGAAGUUCUUCGACUGGUUGAUUUAAAUGUCUACAUUUUGUGUGAUGCCUUUGAAAGCUCCAUCGUGUUUUUCUAAUUGAAAAACCCAAGUUCUAAUAAAACAAAAUUUACAUUGA